UUGCACAUUCGCUCUAAUCGAGAGGGAAGAGAAAGUAGGUGAGUGUGAGAGACUGGCCGGGGAGCGCAGGAUUCAUCCAGCAGCUGGGGGGGGGGGAAUAAGUGACCGAAUGGAGUUCCUAACAGUUGGAGUCUCUCCUUGGACUGAGUGACUCCCAGCAGCCUCCAGGCCUCAGCUACUUCCCCUUUUUCCAUCUCAAUCUGAAUCGUCAGGAGGAAGCACUCACACAGCCACCAACAGAUCCCUCACAGACACACACAUCACACUGAAGCUAUGGGGUCAGUGAGUGAACUCUGCGUGUCCAGCCUUCAGACGUUCUUGUGUCCAGCCGUGAAGCCGCUUCAGCAAACUCCAGUGCCGGACGACCUCACCCCCGAGGAGCAGCAGGAGCUGGAGAAUAUCCGCCGGCGCAAGCAGGAGCUGCUGGAGGACAUUCAGCGGCUGAAGGAUGAGAUAGCAGAAGUGACAAGUGAGAUCGAGAACCUGGGUUCCACUGAGGAGAGGAAAAAUAUGCAGAGGAAUAAACAGGUGGCCAUGGGCCGUAAGAAAUUCAACAUGGACCCCAAAAAGGGGAUCCAGUUCCUGAUUGAGAACGACUUGCUGAAGAACACCAGCGACGACAUUGCUCAAUUCCUCUACAAAGGCGAGGGCCUCAACAAAACAGCCAUCGGAGAUUAUCUCGGAGAGAGAGAUGACUUCAAUCUGGAAGUCCUUCAUGCCUUUGUGGAGCUUCAUGAGUUCACAGACCUGAACCUGGUUCAGGCCCUCAGACAGUUCCUGUGGAGUUUUCGGCUACCGGGAGAAGCUCAGAAGAUCGAUCGCAUGAUGGAGUCUUUCGCUCAGCGCUACUGCAAAUGCAACCCUGGCGUUUUCCAGUCCACAGACACCUGUUACAUCUUGUCAUUUGCCAUCAUCAUGCUAAACACCAGCCUCCACAACCCGAACGUGAAGGACAAGCCGGCUGUGGAACGAUUCAUCUCCAUGAACAGAGGAAUCAACGAAGGAGGAGACUUACCCGAAGACCUGCUCAGGAAUCUGUAUGAUAGCAUCAAGAAUGAGCCUUUCAAAAUCCCAGAGGACGACGGAAACGACCUCACACACACUUUCUUCAACCCAGACAGAGAGGGCUGGCUGCUAAAACUGGGAGGGGGACGUGUUAAAACCUGGAAGAGAAGGUGGUUCAUCCUCACAGAUAACUGCCUGUACUACUUUGAGUACACCACAGACAAAGAGCCCAGAGGAAUAAUCCCCCUGGAGAACCUGAGCAUCAAGGAGGUGGAGGACAAGAAGCCUAACUGCUUUGAGCUUUUCAUCCCUGACAACAAGGACCAGGUGAUAAAAGCCUGCAAGACUGAGGCUGACGGACGCGUAGUCGAGGGCAACCAUACCUUCUACCGUAUCUCCGCCCCCACGACUGAGGAAAAAGACGAAUGGAUGAACAGCAUCAAAGCUGCCAUCAGCAGGGAUCCCUUUUACGAGAUGCUGGCAGCCAGGAAGAAGAAGGUGUCGUCCAUGAAGAGGCACUAGAGCUGCCCUGCGCUCCAGAUGUUGCACUUGACAGAGCAAGGGGUCCGGGUAUCUGCCCGCCCUGUCUGGGGGGGUUGCAGAGGCCGCGGUUUAGGUCUGCCUUAGAACUCUGCAGGGGAUUUCUCUAGGACUUGGGACUCUACAGGCCAGAAAAACAGGAAGCAUGCUGGGGUUUCUAGAUAAGAGUCGGGGCCAAAGUGUCUGUUAACCUCCUCUAACCUCCUCUCUCAGCUUUGUUUGUGCUCUCUGUGUAUGAAGCUGAAAGGAAAUCUUGCUGUUUAAGACAGCAAACCCCCUUCGAAGAUGCUUAAAUAACAAACAACAUAAAUCCCAUGUACAUUGUUGCACACAUACUGUACACAACAUGCAUACACUCAUGCAGCCCCCCGUAGCACACAUCUUUUAAACUCAGCAGGUCUGACCGUGUGGCACUCCAACCAAAAUAUUCCUCGCUUCCUGAAAGAGAAGUGAAUACCUUUUCUGACGUGCUUUAAAGUGGACCUAUCAUGCUAUAUUUGAAUAAUAUAUUGUAGGGCCAUACCUAUAUAAAAGUUUUUUUUUCAAAAUACCAAACAGAUCAUGCAUUUUAGCCAUGCCUCAUUUCGCUCUAUUUGCUCUUUUCCAGCCCUGUUUUUGCAAGGGCUGAUUCUGUGGCAAAUGAGCUGCAGCUGACCACGCCCCCCUGCAAAGGAGGGGGGCUAGGCACGAGCGUCAUGUUACCAUGCGGUUACCAUGCCACGGCAACCUCUCAUUCCCCUGAUAGGUGGAGAGUUGCCCAUAUAGGCGGAGCACCCCGUUUCUGACGUCAGACUAUUUUCAAAUCUGUAUCAGUCUGUAUCAGAUCCGUUGCAGCCCCGUUUUUAGAGAUUUGGGUAUGGAGGAAAAGAGAGAGGGUUGUGUUUUCUGACACUUGGUGAGUUCCCUGACACACCGGGGACACAUAUUCAUGUAUAAAAGACGUACAAAGGUGCAUUUUGCAUGAUAGGUCCCCUUUAAUGUUACAGUAAUACGUGUAUUUUUACAGCUUUAAAUGUCGAUUCCUCUUUUUGUUUUACUUUUGUUAAGAAAAAGGCAACCGAAACUGCAGGGGGGCGGGUGUGGGAGGAAGGGCGGGAGGGUAUGAUUUGCCAACUGUUAGUGAUUUUAUACUUACAAAAAAAGAAAACGUAAAAAAGUUGCCACUCAGGAGAUUGUUAUGUUCUGAAACGUUCCACGCGACAUGGAGCCUGUUCACGACAGCCAUUUGAGGAAUGAAAGCCUCAUCUGUGUCCCGGACUGAACUGUUUUUGUAAAUGUGAAGCUGCAUUGUGGUACGCUGCAGGUGAGGGUGUCUGGACGGGCUCGCAGAGUUGUGUCUGGCUCAUGUUCUUCAUUUCCUGAAAGUCCUGGAGAAGCAUCCUGAGGAUCAGUGUCUUUUAAAGGGACGACUCUUUAUCACCCUGGGCUUCUUUUUGAGGUUGUCUGGAAAUUAGAAAUGGUGGCCCUAUUUUUCAAUUUCACUUCCCAUACAUUUUUAUAUUAUUUUGUCUUAAUACACACAACUUCAUUUCAUUGUUAGUAAAGUUACUGCUGCAUGGGGCCUGUUGAUCUAGAUGAAACGUCACAAGAAAAGCUGCUGGUUAGCGACAGUUUCUUCCCCCAUUAGACAGAAUGAAAUCUUUAUUUCCUGCGUUUUAAUAUUGAUUUUCUUCGUAGAGUUACCUAUUCAAGGGUAAAACAAAUCACAUGCAUUUUCAUCUCUCAGCCAGACCUCAUUGAUCUUUGUACAAAACUGUGCUUCAGGUUGUUUAUGUAUAAGACAUAAUAUAUGACAUAUUGUUAUAGAGGCUUUAACGCGGCACAAAUAAACAUGUGGUUCAAUAAAAGCUAUGCCUGGAAACGAAUGGGCUGUCCCGACUCAGGAUCCAAAUUGUGAUGUGAAACAAUACAAAACUGCUAGGUGUGAGGAAUGUACUGCGCUGAACCAAAAGAUGGAGGUCAGGAUGGCGUAUGGUCAUGCUGAAGCAGUCAUUUUGUCGAAUGGCAAACUCAACUGCGUGGAGGUACAAAUUUGCAUCACAGUCGGUUGUCUUUUCUACUCUUGUCUACUGUCAUCUGUGCCUGCUGCUCAUCAUCCUCAUUCACUGCCUCUUCUGGUUCUCUUCUUCUCUCUGCUCUUCUACGCACUAAUCCAAGGGAAAUUAUGAAAAAUGCAAAACAAUCAUAAUUCUAGACAGUAUUGGUUUAUUUAUCAAAGUUGUACAUAUUUAAAAUGUAUAGUGGGUAUGUUGUCUUCAUUUUGUUUCCUAUUAGCUGUGCCAUUUUCUUUUGGUAUUCUGUUUAAUAAUGUUUGAUUUGAGGUUUGUAUCAUUGCCAUUUAAUCAAGCUAAAAAAUAAAGACAAAUGUGUCACAACACUGGCGAUGGAAGUCUUUCACACAACCACAAACUCCUUCAGAUCUCUCUAGUAAAGUCUCUCCAGCAGGGGGCAGUGUGUGAUCAGCAGCGAUGGGCUUUCUGCUGCAGGGACCAUUCACUGAAGCAAACUAGAAAGAUAACUUGUAUUUUUAUAUUGCUUAUUAGUUGCAACCAAAUUACAGUUAUGCCUCAGCAACACACAUUAAAGUGUGGCCAUCCUGCUGUAUGUCUUUGAAUGCUGAAUGCUACUUGAGGGCAGCCUUGGAAUUGAAUCAUUCCUUCUCUGUUGCACAACUGCCAAACAUUGCGUUACUCUAACCACAUUUACCUUGUGUUAAACAAAAAGCACAUUCUCCUGCCACUGUUUGAAUCCAGUCUCAUGCAGCAACGCAACAUUUCCUAUAUUUAUGAAGCUUGCAUGCACGUAUUUAUGGCACAAAUGUCGGCGCAGCAGGGAAAGGUCGAUAUUUACAAGUGAAUAUGUAUCAUAUUAAAUGAUGCCUGGAAAAGCAAUCAAUAUAAAUGACUUUCUCAAUGGAAUGGGCAUUCGGGAAAUGUAGUUGAAAAUACAUGCAUAUCUUUGGAUUUCUGUUGGUGUGGAGUAAUCUAAACUUGGAUUUUUAUAGGUUUAAAUAAAUGACUAUUUUAAACUUGUUGAGAUUGUUUGCCUCUACUGUCUAUAUGAAUAAACGAGGGCUGUUGCCAAAAAGUC